GGGCCGAGCGCGGCCGCCGGUGGAGCCGAGCCGGGCAGAGCAUCCUGCGCCCCGCCGCGGGGCCCCGCGGUAUCCUCGGGCGGCUCCAUUGGACCUGCCGCAGACCCAGCGUGAAGCACGGAAACUGCAGCCAUGACCACCCACGUCACCCUGGAAGAUGCCCUGUCCAAUGUGGACCUGUUGGAAGAGCUGCCCCUCCCUGACCAGCAGCCAUGCAUCGAGCCUCCGCCUUCCUCUAUCAUGUACCAGGCUAACUUUGACACAAACUUUGAGGACAGGAAUGCAUUUGUCACAGGCAUUGCAAGGUACAUCGAGCAGGCGACGGUCCACUCCAGCAUGAAUGAAAUGCUGGAGGAAGGGCAUGAGUAUGCGGUCAUGCUGUACACCUGGCGCAGCUGUUCCCGGGCCAUCCCCCAGGUGAAAUGCAAUGAGCAGCCCAACCGGGUGGAGAUCUAUGAGAAGACAGUGGAGGUGCUGGAACCAGAGGUCACCAAGCUCAUGAAGUUCAUGUACUUUCAGCGCAAGGCCAUUGAGCGGUUCUGCAAUGAGGUGAAGCGGCUGUGCCAUGCCGAGCGGAGGAAGGACUUCGUCUCUGAGGCCUACCUCCUGACCCUGGGCAAGUUCAUCAACAUGUUCGCCGUCUUGGACGAGCUGAAGAAUAUGAAGUGCAGCGUCAAGAACGAUCACUCUGCCUACAAGAGGGCGGCACAGUUCCUGAGGAAGAUGGCAGACCCCCAGUCUAUCCAGGAGUCGCAGAACCUUUCCAUGUUCCUGGCCAACCACAACAGGAUCACCCAGUGUCUACAUCAGCAACUGGAAGUGAUCCCGGGCUACGAGGAGCUGCUGGCUGACAUUGUCAACAUCUGCGUGGAUUACUAUGAGAACAAGAUGUAUCUGACUCCCAGUGAGAAGCACAUGCUCCUCAAGGUAAUGGGUUUUGGUCUCUACCUGAUGGAUGGAAAUGUCAGUAACAUUUACAAACUGGAUGCCAAGAAGAGAAUCAACCUCAGCAAAAUCGAUAAAUUCUUUAAGGUCAGCGUGACAGCUGAUAUUCCCCAGGUGGUGACGGGCUCCGGGCUGGACAGCCAGAAGUCGGAUGAAGAGUACCGUGAGCUCUUCGACCUGGCCCUGCGGGGCCUGCAGCUUUUAUCCAAGUGGAGCGCCCACGUCAUGGAGGUGUACUCCUGGAAGCUGGUUCACCCCACUGACAAGUUCUGCAACAAGGACUGCCCUGGCACCGCCGAGGAAUACGAGAGGGCUACGCGCUACAACUACACCAGCGAGGAGAAGUUUGCCUUCGUCGAGGUGAUCGCCAUGAUCAAGGGGCUGCAGGUGCUCAUGGGCAGGAUGGAGAGCGUCUUCAACCAGGCCAUCAGGAACACCAUCUAUGCGGCCCUGCAGGACUUCGCCCAGGUGACGCUGCGGGAGCCCCUGCGGCAGGCGGUGCGGAAGAAGAAGAACGUCCUUAUCAGUGUCCUGCAGGCAAUCCGGAAAACCAUCUGUGACUGGGAGGGGGGCCGAGAGCCCCCCAAUGACCCGUGCUUGAGAGGGGAGAAGGAUCCCAAAGGUGGAUUUGAUAUCAAGGUGCCCCGGCGUGCCGUGGGGCCCUCCAGCACACAGGCCUGCCAGUGGUCCCCGCGGGCUUUGUUUCACCCCACUGGUGGCACACAGGGCCGAAGAGGCUGCCGAUCCCUGCUGUACAUGGUCCGGACCAUGCUCGAAUCACUCAUUGCAGACAAGAGCGGCUCCAAGAAGACCCUAAGGAGCAGCCUCGACGGCCCCAUCGUCCUCGCCAUAGAGGACUUCCACAAACAGUCCUUCUUCUUCACGCACCUGCUCAACAUCAGUGAAGCCCUGCAGCAAUGCUGCGACCUCUCCCAGCUCUGGUUCCGAGAAUUCUUCCUGGAGUUAACCAUGGGCCGGAGAAUCCAGUUCCCUAUUGAGAUGUCCAUGCCCUGGAUUCUAACAGACCAUAUCCUGGAAACCAAAGAACCUUCCAUGAUGGAGUACGUCCUCUACCCGUUGGAUCUGUACAAUGACAGCGCCUACUAUGCUCUGACCAAGUUUAAAAAGCAGUUCCUAUACGAUGAGAUCGAAGCCGAGGUGAACCUGUGUUUUGAUCAGUUUGUCUACAAGCUGGCAGACCAGAUCUUUGCUUACUACAAAGCCAUGGCCGGCAGUGUCUUGUUGGAUAAACGUUUUAGAGCUGAAUGUAAGAACUAUGGAGUCAUCAUUCCAUACCCGCCGUCCAACCGCUAUGAAACGCUGCUGAAGCAGAGACAUGUCCAGCUCUUGGGUAGAUCAAUUGACUUGAACAGGCUCAUUACCCAGCGCAUCUCUGCUGCCAUGUAUAAAUCCUUGGACCAGGCUAUCAGCCGCUUUGAGAGUGAGGACCUGACCUCCAUUGUGGAGCUGGAGUGGCUGCUAGAGAUCAACCGACUCACGCACCGGCUGCUGUGUAAGCACAUGACCCUGGACAGCUUCGACGCCAUGUUCCGGGAAGCCAAUCACAACGUGUCUGCCCCCUAUGGCCGCAUCACCCUGCAUGUUUUCUGGGAGCUGAACUUUGACUUCCUCCCCAACUACUGCUACAAUGGGUCCACCAACCGUUUUGUCCGAACUGCCAUUCCUUUCACUCAAGAACCGCAAAGAGAUAAACCCGCCAACGUCCAGCCUUAUUACCUCUAUGGGUCCAAGCCUCUUAACAUUGCCUACAGCCACAUCUACAGCUCCUACAGGAACUUCGUGGGGCCCCCUCACUUCAAGACCAUCUGCAGACUCCUGGGUUACCAGGGCAUCGCCGUGGUCAUGGAGGAACUGCUGAAGAUCGUCAAGAGCUUGCUCCAAGGAACCAUUCUCCAGUAUGUGAAAACUCUGAUCGAAGUGAUGCCCAAGAUAUGCCGCUUGCCCCGGCAUGAAUAUGGUUCCCCAGGGAUCCUGGAGUUCUUCCACCACCAGCUGAAGGACAUCAUUGAGUAUGCAGAGCUCAAAACAGAUGUGUUCCAGAGUCUGAGGGAAGUCGGCAAUGCCAUCCUGUUCUGCCUGCUUAUAGAGCAAGCUCUGUCUCAGGAGGAAGUCUGUGAUUUGCUCCAUGCCGCCCCCUUCCAAAAUAUCUUGCCGAGAGUCUACAUCAAAGAGGGGGAGCGUCUGGAGGUCCGGAUGAAACGCCUAGAAGCCAAGUAUGCCCCGCUUCACCUGGUCCCCCUGAUAGAGCGGCUGGGGACCCCUCAGCAAAUUGCCAUCGCUCGGGAGGGUGACCUGCUGACGAAGGAGCGGCUGUGCUGCGGCCUGUCCAUGUUCGAGGUCAUCCUCACUCGCAUUCGAAGCUACCUGCAGGACCCCAUCUGGAGGGGUCCGCCACCCACCAACGGCGUCAUGCAUGUCGACGAGUGUGUGGAAUUCCACCGGCUGUGGAGUGCCAUGCAGUUCGUCUACUGCAUCCCCGUGGGAACCAAUGAGUUCACAGCUGAGCAGUGUUUCGGUGACGGCUUGAACUGGGCUGGCUGCUCCAUCAUCGUUCUGCUGGGCCAACAGCGUCGCUUCGACCUAUUUGACUUCUGUUACCACCUGCUGAAAGUACAGAGACAGGACGGGAAGGAUGAAAUCAUUAAGAAUGUGCCCCUGAAGAAAAUGGCAGACAGAAUCAGGAAGUACCAGAUCUUGAACAAUGAGGUUUUUGCCAUCCUGAACAAGUACAUGAAGUCCGUAGAGACAGACAGUUCAACCGUGGAGCACGUGCGCUGCUUCCAACCACCCAUCCACCAGUCCCUGGCCACCACCUGCUAGGCCGAAGGUCCUGCAAACCCUCAACCUGGAGGAGAAGAAGCAGCAGGAGAGAGAAAGCCAUGGCCACAGCCUUGCAACAGGGUCCGACUGGACAGUGUAUGGGACGGACCUGGAAGCAAAUAAGCACCUCCCUAAAUACACCUACACCUCCCAAGGGCUGGCCUGUGCAUGCUCUCCCAUGACAUCUCCAUGGUGGUUUUUCUGUAGUGUAAAUGAAAACAAAACAAAACUAAACUAAAAACAGGGCAGUAUGUGCUUUUUUUUCCUUUUUUCCCUCAGCUGUGUUAAGAGUCCUAGUUUCACCCUUUCUCCAUCUCUCAACCCCACCCCACAUUCGUGAUUUUUUUUCCCAAAACCUCCUCCCAAGACACCUCCUACCUGGCACCCACAUGUGACCUCAGAAUUGAAGUUCAGAGACUGAGAAGAGAGUGUAGCCAUGUCCCGAGAUGUCAUCCUGGGCUGAUGGGCAUGCCUUCCACUUACUGGCUUCUUCACCUCUGGCUCCCUUCCCCCACUUUUCCAGAUAAUAUCUCCUGCUCUGGAUGCCAGGGGUUCUACCACCAAGAGUACUCCUGGACCAGGUGCUGAAAGCCAUGGUGAACAGAGGACAGUUUCUUGGUACUGGCAUCAUGGUAGACAUGGUUGGCUCUGUUUUUUCAUAGAUUGCCCAAACCACACCUUGACUCCCCUCUCAGGUCUCUCCUAGAGAGAACUCAGAAAUGCAUUCACAUCGGUAUCCCUCUGAGCAGCAUUAGGGUAGGAAGAUGGUCAGGCCCAAUGUGCAGAAGACCUACUUAUGAACACAGCCAGGAAUUCCCUAGCCCAAAUCAUAAAGCUAUUAGACCACCUCAUCAGCUUGGUGGUGAGAUGGUUCCUGUAUGCAUUAAGCAAAUACUUAUUGAACACAACCCACACAGGGUGACGGACACUGGGAAGGCAGCACUGAAGAAGUAAAAUGCCCGGCCUGCAGCAUUUUAGCAGGCGAUCAAAAGUAGGGACCAUUUCUUUGCACAGACUGUCUCAUCAAGGAAAACUCCCAUGAGAAAGAACAUAUGAAGAGGUAUUUUAACAGAAGCCAGAAACAUAUUGGGGUCAGGGAGGUGAAGAGUAUAAACACUUGUCAAUGAGCUUUUAAUGCCAAGAUGUGCCCCCCAAAAGGCAUCCUGUUUUAGUGAAUCAGGACUUCCAUUGUCCUAAAAACAGAUUCUUGAGACAUUUGAUCUUUUGCUCUUACCUUCUCAAUGGUCAUUAACUUAGAUUUUUGAGGCAUGGGACAGAUUUUGAGGUAUGGGAUAGGCAUAGCUACUUCUAUUUCCCAGACUGAACCAAAAUUCUUUGCAGAGUCUCCCUCGAAACGUGGGGAGACUGUUUAGAAAGGACAGUGUAUGUCUUUUGGAGAUGAAUGUCUCAUUACAGAGCACCUCAUCUUCAAACGAAGUCUGUAGCCAUGAGCUUGUAAUAAAAUAUAAAGUGAGACAUUUAUUUCUCUAUCCCCCUGCCCAGGAAGGAAAGGAAAAGAGAGAAAAUAGAACAGUAAUGAUCCCCUCCCUCAGGGCGGAUGGAUGAAAAUGGUUACCAUUCAUCAGAUGGACCAUUUUAACCCCAUGGAAAGAGCACAGAUGUGUACAUAGCAAGACGUUUUUGUGAUACACUCAUGCUCUCCAGGGAGGAGAGAGGUGGGGCUCACCAAGUGUGAACCAAAGGCCUCCUACAUCAGGGCUUCCUGAGAUUAGCACAUUGGAAGCUGAUUCCUGCCCCGACCCCCAAAACCCUUCAAUUCUGUACCUGUGGGAGUAAGGUCUAGAGAUCUGCACUCUCCGUAAGCUCUCUGAGUUGUUGCCUUGUAAAUGGAAGUCCGAGGACCACUGCUGUAGAGGUCUGCUCCACAGCCAACCUUAGGCUUUGAGCACCCUCUGAGCCAUGAAAGAAAAUAUUUAUAGGAAAGUGGUUUAAAGUGGAAGGUGGGAGAUCCUCCUGUCUGGAGGUGCCACUUCCUAUUCUGAUUUCUUAAUUUUUCCUCUCGGCCAUAGAUGUGUCCCAAAGGCAAAAGGUAGUUCACCACAUGGUAGAGCUAUACGAUAGAACACACAUUGAAAACCCACAUAGAAUCUCUAAGUUCCAGGGCCUUCCAAAUCUUCAGACCUGUCUGGGAAGAGCAGCUCUUACAGACAGAUGACCAGCUCUUAGGCCCUAGAGAGCAUUCCAGAUCCUUGACCGUUGCUUUUGUAGAGAUUUGGGUCAUCCAUUUGAUGAGAUCUGCUGUUUCAACAGCCUACCCCUCCCACCCUGCAUUCCUAACCUCGAAUUUGACCCUUAGGGUGGAAUCCCGUUGUCCUCAAGAGAUUCUCCCAGUAAACUGAGGUCUUUAUCUUCAGGAGAGACCUUUAAUUCCCCCCACUUGCCAGCAACAUCUAUUGAAUGAGCACUGACCAGGUUUAAUAUUCUUUCCUCCCUGGUGUUACUGCCCCCAUUUUGAUUUUUUUUUGUGUGUCUAAGAACAAGGAGAAAAAAAAAUCUUAGGUUUUAAAAAGUUUUAACAAAAAUCUGUUUCAGAAACUGUCAAAUGUACCAUAUUUGUAUUAAGAGUUGUUGGGAAUUUUUGUACAAUGAAUUUACAUUUAUUUAUGGUGACUUCUAUUUACGCUUGUGAUCAAAUGAUGUUAAAUUCUUAAAUCCUAUUUGCUAUGCAGCUGAAGAUGAUAUUUUGCUUUGUAUUUUGGGGUACCUGUGUUGAGUCGAUAAACAUUCCCAUCUUCAUUAAAACUGCUCCCAAACCAGUGAAA